AUGGCGAAGCGAAGCAUUUCUGACGACAACUCGAUAUGCGACGGUGAUUCUAAACAUGAACAAACUCGGGGAUCUGUCUCAGAGAUGGAGAGAAAGUACAAAAAACGAAGAAUACCUAAAUUAGAUGAGAUCGCCAGGAAGUGUACCAUCGAUACUCAUCUUAGUGCUCUGGACCAUCGUUUAACCGCUCAAGAGUCUUUCUGCGAGCUUGUUCAAUGGUGGAGAGGCAGCAUCAUGGAGUCGUUUUACGUGCAACUCGUCGACUUUACUGUCGUCCGUCGAGAGCGACACGAAAAAGUAAGCGGACGCACAGUAACAGAGAUUUUGUAUAAAGCACUAGACCAGUCCUCACUUGACAAGAGGGAAUUGGGCUACAUCCAGUUCUUAAACACGAAGUACGAUAAGGCUGGAGUUGUCAGGAUCGUCAACCGUCAAGUAACUCUGCAGCCCGAAAACCUCCUGACCAAGACUCAAGAUACCACAUCAACGUACUCGACUCAUUCUCAGUUCAAUCUAGCAAGGGCCAUCUUGAACUUUGUCGGAGGCGGAACAAAUCAUUCUGUCACUUGUCAAUCUGGCGGGGUCAACAUGAAUUUCAACUUUAACACUGCAAGAGAACUCGUUGCUCGCGUGACUAGGAUGAGACCCGACACCAUUUCUAAGUCCUACAAGUCUGCAUCGUCCAGAUUCAAGAGCCAUGUGCCAUUCUAUCCAAGACCAAGCGUCGAUACUAUCUUGAGCAUCGGCGAAGCUGGACUUGGACGAUCCGGGAACAAUGAAUGGAUAAAACGCGCCAAGGUCUCUCCAGGGGAGUUUGCCAUCUGGUGCGAAGCUGCUUUGUUUCUCCAAGAUAUCAAAGAGGAGGGUAUCAUCAGAACUCGCAUGGGCGAUCUGAUCCUUGACGUCAAGUAUCGCGAUAACCUCCAUCUCAAUGGCUUUCUCUUGCACGCAAAGAGCAAGACAACACACGCAAGUCUAUCCGGAAAGCGACUCAAAUACGGCUAUAAUAUCAUAUACGGAACGGCUGAAAAAGAGGGGAAGCGCAUAUGUUCCCUGGAAGAUGAGUCUAAAGCUCUCAUUGAUCUACUCAAUGAUUGGCAGUGGGGAGAUGUAGAGCUUGCAUAUCAGUUCAUCUCGAGAGAUGCCGUUGUUUGUCUCAAAGAUUAUCUGUUCAAGGAUACUUCCAAGUGGCAUUACAGACAGAAUCCUCAACUUGACUCUAUCAUCGCAAGCCUCGGUCGACAAGGAGGAGAGCUACGAGAUUCGUAUUGGGACAUUCUCCAGAUACACGGCAUGGUUCAUACAGUAGAAGUCGAACACCAACGCCGUUUUAUAACCAGCAAAACCGUCUCUAUACCCGAUGAUGAAUUUGCCAGGCAUAUUAGCAGAGCCCUCGAAACGUGUUUGUACGCAUGCAAUGCAACACAGACUAUCCGAGCUAUAUUCGUUCAAGGUAGCGGUCUACCUCUCCAAGUUGUAUACUCAAAAGGUGAAAGCAUCAUCAGGAUACACCGGAACUGGCUUUCUCAGGAAGAUACAAGGUUCAGACUUGGACUAGGUGCUCACAAGUCACUCCCGGAUGUUGUGUUCCUCACUUCGGUGACACUUCUCAAAGACAUUAUUGAUCAGCUUCCUAAUGAGUUGUUCUGUAAUGGUAAAGCUCAUGAGCUACAACUUGCUGAGCAAAGAUUACUCGAAUAUACACGAAAGUAUAUCAACUCCGAUGUUUUGAGUCGCGACUUCAUAGCACCGUCUCGAAGCAAACUGGCGGAUAUCGCAUGGGAGAAGUGUAUCUCGUCCAAGUCACACGCAAAGUAUCACAUGCAGCCUCAUCAAGCUGAGACUUACUCAAAAAUCCAAUAA